GAGUGGCUUCAUGUGAUGCAGGAUUCCAGGACUGAAAGUCCAGGGGCCUCCAGGGUUCCGGCUCCCACGCUGCCGGACUGCACCUCCUCAUUCGGAGGAACUGAGGUUACACAUGGGCUUGAUUUUUUUUUUCAUCUAAAACAUUCACACCUCCUCCGGGUUUUGUUUGAGCGCGUGCAUGGGCGGGUCCGGGCAGAGAUAACCGCGCGGUUGUUCAUCUUCAGUGGAUUUCGGUCCGAAUCAAAGUUCUUCUCGGCUCAGUGUGGCUUGGUUCCACAAAACACCCUGAUGAGAGACGGACUGAAGUCUGCUUUUAUCCUGAUCUGCGCGUGAAAGCGGUUCGAGAGUGAAAAGUGAAAAGUCGGAUCCACAGAAUGACCGGAUUUGACCCGAGAUGCACACAAGAGCCGCCUCUGGCUAUCGAGGUGAUUUUACAGCUGGACGUUUUCGGGAUCAUCCUUUACGCCGCUCUCACCUUCAUGGCCUUGGUGUCCAUGCUGCUCUACAUGGAGGAGUGUGUUUACAUCUACAGGAAAGUUUCCUCCAACAAGAAGAGCGCCAUCAUCUGGGUGAACGGAGCCGCCCCGGUUAUCGGCGCCAUGUCCUGUCUGGGAAUGUGGAUCCCGAGAGCCACGAUGUUCACGGACAUGACGUCAGCCACGUAUUUUGCCAUCGUGGUGUUUAAGUUUCUGAUCCUGAUGAUCGAGGAGUGUGGAGGUGACGAGAUUUUUCUGAGGCAAUCAGAAAACAAGACAUUCCGGAUCAGUACCGGCCCGUGCUGCUGCUGCUGCCCCUGUCUGCCCCAAGUACCAAUCACACGACGCUCUCUCUUCAUGCUGAAACUGGGCUCCUUCCAGUUUGCUCUGCUGAAGGUGGUGUUUACCAUCCUGUCCAUCGUCUUGUGGACUAACAAGAACUACGACGUGGCUGAUAUGACGAUCAGCGGUGCUGCGAUCUGGAUCAACCCGGGCGUUGGCAUCCUCACCAUCAUCGCCCUGUGGCCCGUUGCCAUCAUGUUCAUGCACGUGCGCAACACGUUACGCAGCGUGAAGAUCAUCCCCAAAUACGCCAUGUAUCAGCUGGUGCUGGUGCUCAGUCAGCUGCAGUCGGCCAUCAUUAAUAUUCUGGCCAUGUACGGGACGAUCGGCUGCAGUCCGCCGUAUUCCUCUCAGAGCCGCGGUUACUUGAUGAGCCAGCAGCUUCUGAUCUUGGAGAUGUUCAUCAUCACGCUGGUCACUCGCCUGUUGUACCGGCGUCAGUACGAUCCCAUAUCCUACAGUGAGGGCGAGGAGGAGAAGAAUGUCAUCCUCGCCAUCGAGUCUGGCGAACACUGUGGGAAAAAUAAUCAUUAAAAUGUUUGUUUAUUGGCAUGAUGUCUCACUCACACACACCAGGUGUAACAGAUUUAUACGAAUGUAUAUUUUUGUAUCUAUAAACUUCUGACUUAUUUUGGACAAGCAGUGUUUGCAUGUGCUCAAGAAUGUUCGCGGUUCCAUCUGGCUGUUUGCAUGAGGAUUAGAACAGUGUUUUUCAUAUUAUUAUUAUUAUUAUUAUUAGCGUUUUUCACUUGCAGUCCUUUUUGCACUAGACAUGCAGAAUAAAUCCAUGUGGAAUGUGAUGACCACA